AUGAUGCUGUUUGAAAAGCCCAUGAUCGUCCCAGCUGCUCCUAAACGUUUAGCAUCUGCUGCAUUAGACGUUGACGACUAUGAUGAAGAAUAUGACAACGCCACUGAUAUACAAGAUACAGAUUUAUUCGUUGAAGCUGAUGAUAUCCGGUAUCUAAUUUUUGGAGAAGUCAGUACAGAAGAUGAUAGCGAAGAAGAAUAA